GCGGAGAGAACGUGUGGUUCAGACGGGCACUGAAGCCUAGGAAGGAAAGUGCCAGGAGUUAAGAUGGCGGCAGUAGAGGUGCGGCUGCCGGUGGCCCGCAAGCUGGUGGCCCAGAGCCUGGCGCAGGGGAGCGACAAGCACCUGGUGGCUCCGGGGGACACGAUCACCACAGACACGGGCUACAUGAGGGGCCAUGGCACGUAUAUGGGAGAUGAGAAACUUGUAGCAUCUGUAGCAGGUGCUGUGGAGAGAGUGAACAAACUGAUCUGUGUCAAAGCUCUGAAAACCAGGUAUAAUGGGGAAGUUGGUGACAUUGUGGUUGGGAGAGUCACAGAGGUUCAGCAGAAACGAUGGAAGGUGGAGACCAACGCCAGGCUGGAUUCAGUCUUGCUUCUCUCGUCCAUGAACCUACCAGGAGGGGAGCUGAGGAGGAGAUCAGCGGAGGAUGAGCUUGCAAUGAGGGACUAUCUACAGGAAGGGGAUCUUAUCAGUGCAGAAGUCCAGGCAGUAUUUUCUGAUGGGGCUGUAUCACUGCACACACGGAGUCUGAAAUACGGGAAGCUUGGCCAGGGUGUGCUCGUUCAGGUUUCUCCCUCCCUCGUGAAACGCCAGAAGACUCACUUCCAUGAUCUGCCCUGCGGCGCCUCUGUGAUCCUUGGCAACAACGGCUUCAUCUGGAUCUAUCCAACGCCCGAGCAGAAGAAUGAAGAGGCAGGGGGCUUUGUCACCGAUUUGGAGCCAGUUUCCUUACAUGACCGGGAGGUAAUCUCACGACUCCGGAACUGCAUCCUGGCUCUGGUUGCUCAGAAACUGAUGCUCUACGACACCAGCAUUGUGUACUGCUACGAGGCCUCCCACCCCCAUCAGAUCAAGGACGUUCUCAAACCAGAGGUGAUGCAGGAGAUUGUGCUGGAGACCCGGCAGAGGCUGUUGGAACUGGAGGGAUGAGGGAAGGAGAUAUGGCAGCUUGGAAUCCCGCCAAAGCAGCAUUGACUCCCCAACUUCCUGCAUUGCCCCAAUCCCUUAAAUGUCUUUCCAGAGCUCAGAAAAUACAGGAUUCCUUCUGGUUUGUAGGGCAAUGUAAACCCCUACAGACUGGACAUAUGGUCUUUGUGAAGAGCGGCUGCCACUGGGAUGUAGCUUGCUAGACUGGUUGCUAUGGUGGGCAAUGUGCUUUUAAAGUGCCCCUAACGUGGGCCACAUUGUUAGGACAGAGGAAACAAUGUAUUUUGUUUUGCCUUAUGGUGUGCGUCUGUCCCCCGCCCCGGCCAUUCCCCAAGGAUCACGUAGCCGGUCCCAGCAGUGGUUGAUCAUGACAGUGAUAGGAGUUCUACCAAUAUGUCCUUUAUUCAAGAGACACAUUUUUUCCCUCAAGACCCACAUUACAGCUACCCAUCUCCAAAGGACGGGACUCAUCGCCGAGCCUGUGAAUGGUUCUGUCAGCGUGCUGUGUGGCUCUCUCUGCCCCCUUCCAAACACACACUGGAUUUGGAUGGUCAGUUCUUGCAUUUUCUGUGCUUAGAAUAUAGCGUACAGAAUGGUACAAAGACCUGCUGGUGCCAGGUGGCCAUCUCACUGUGUAUUGAGUGCCCAGAGGUAGUAGUCAGGCAAGGUGCCUUGAUCCUCCAGAGCAAAAGGCUUCUUCCCAUCCCAUGCAUGGAAGUGAUGAUCCCAAGUGUUUUAUUUUGUAGGUCUGAUACUGUGAGCUCUGGUAGUGAAGGAUUUAGCUGUUGUUUCCUACUAGAUUUUUCUUUAAAAAAAUCUUCAAUAAAGAAUAUUUUUUGAGAGAGAA